UUUCUCUACUUCCGUCUGUUGUUGUCGCCAUAUUGUGGCAAGUGCUGUGUUGUUUGUUUUCAUUCCCGUUGGAAAUGUAAAACACAGCCAAAAGACGCGAAGCUUCUAAAGUUUCAACUCUUUAGGAUCUUCGUUUAUUUUUAGGGGUUUCAAGCGCUUUCUGAAACGUGGUGUAACGUCACUCUAGAGCUAUGGUGGAAGUUAAACCCAUUGACGUUUGUUGCAGCAGCGAAGAUCCGGCGUUUCCCGCUCUUAAUCUUGUCAGAGGUGCAUUGAAGCCGAGUGACGAGAGAAAGCAAUGGCUAUGCUCCUCUCCUGAUGAAAAGUUUGCCCAUGUUACAUUAACUUAUGAAAAGCCUUUUGUCAUUAGUAGUUUAGAAAUUAAAAACAAUGGUUCGGCAUAUGUCCAAGUGGAGGGAGGAUGUUCUGAGGAGCCAGGGAGAUUUAAGGUUCUUUGGAGAACACAAAACUUAAUGACACCAAGUGAAUCAAGGUUAGGCACUGAAACUGAUGGAAUUUAUAUAUUCCUUCCACAAGACCUUGCAACUGCUGAAAAAGACAAAGUCUGGGACAUAUUAAAAAUAACUUGUUCACAACCCUUUAACAAACUCCAAAAGUAUGGUCUUUCGCAUGUUGUUGCAAGAAGUGCCCUUCCCAUCAAAGAAGAAAUCCCCAGUUCUCCCGCUCAAUGUGCUGCAGAUUUACCUUUAGUUUCAGGUGUCAAGGGAGAGCCAGUUGAUGAUGAAGCAGUGAAUGCAGAUCAGGCCCACAGAAUAUCCAGACAUACUGACCCUCAAAUCCAAAUGAACAGUGAAGUAUCAUCGAGUGGUUGCACUGAGUCAUCGAAUCCUUUUACUUCUCCGGUGAUUUCUCCAGUAAUAUCUCCAGUGAAGCAAGAAGCUCCCUCUGGGGAUGGCAUCUAUUAUGCCACUACACCGACAAGACCAGAGCCAUCCUCAUCAGUUCAUGACCCUGUCCAUGACUCUGUGCAUGACUCAAUUCAUGAUUCCAUUCAUGAUUCUAUUCAUGAUCCCAUUCAUGUUUCUGUUCAUGAAAGUGAACCUGUUCGUGAUUCUGGCCAGCCAACAAUUCAGCCAGUGAUGCAAUCACCUUUAGUGAAACAGGAGUCUCUGCAUGUAAAUGCUGAUUCGCAUUCUGGUGAUGAUGUAGCACAGACAGUUAAUACUUCUCCUUUGAAAAGGAGAAUUUCGGAAUCUGAUUCAAACUCAGACUCAAAUUCUGAUGAUGUUCAGAUAAUUAAAAGACCAGCACCAAGUAAUAUAAUUUACAGACCAUUUAACAAGCUCUUGGAUGGAGUAAAAUUUAGUAUAAGUGGUUUUGAAAACCCUUAUAGGGCUGAAAUUCGAAGUCGAGCCAUGCAAAUGGGUGCAUCUUACAGCCCAUUUUGGACUGAGAUCUGUACACACCUCAUAUGUGCAUUUUUGUAUACUCCUAAAUAUCGACAGGCAUCUGGGAACCAUGGCUUGAUAGUUACUAGGGAUUGGGUUGAUCAGUGCUUUAUUCAAAGGAAAAGACUACCAUGGAAAAGGUUUGCACUCAAUCCAUCUGAUAGAAGCAACGAAGGAGGCCUAGAAAUUUGGGAAUCUGAACCUAAUGAUUCCGCUAGUUCUAGUUCUCAUAGCAACAUGGGAACUGGAAAUUCUCCCCCAAAUACAGAUAGACCAAUGGAAAGUUCUCCAGUUCGAGUUAUCUGUAGUAAUUUAGCGGGUCCAUCACAGUCUCAAAGUAGAGCUCCAAGUGCUUCUCUACACUCACCUUAUGUUCCUGGUGUUAAAAGAGAGAUGCUCGAUUGUGGAGAAUGUUCAUCAGACCAUCAGACCAUUUCUCAUGAAACAUCUAGUCCUGAAGGAACCCCAAGGCACCUCACUAUACAGAGUGGCUGUGGGCCAUCUCCAAGCCGCGUCAUUACAGUGAAAAGAGAAAUAAAUUCUGAUGAAACUCAGGAGGUCUGGCAGGAUGGUGGUCACCAUGUACCCUCUUGUGCUAUGAACAGUAGUAAUGGAACUGAAAUGGCUCAUCAUCGAAGAUCUCGUACAUCCACCUCAUCUCCAAGGCAUCAACUCUCUCACAGCUCAGUUUCUGCUGUCUCGGCUGCAAGUGUCGAUGGGAUGCAGGAUGGGAUGAGGUCCGCCCCACCGCCCAACGCUUCACAAAUGGAGCCAGGACCAGAUGGUUAUGCUGGAUAUUACCGACCGAUUAGUCAGCCUUGCGCUGUGCCUCACUCCUCCCCUUCAACCACCUACUUAGUCCCACCUGUGAUAAUGCUCCCUCAAUCAUUGCCUCAGUAUUUUGUCCCUGUCUCCCAACAGUUCCAAGCUCCACCACCAUCUAGAGAUACUUACAUGACACGGACAAUACCGUCACCACAAGUACAUGGGCAGCACAUCCGAGUUAUACAGCAUUCUAACAAAGCAGCUAGUGAGGAAGAGAGCUCAAAACAAAAUUAGACUAAAUGUUAUUCUUUUUGUUUUCCUUUAACUCUGUAAAUUUGUAUCUUUGUUCUGUAUUCAUAUGAAUCUUGUUUUUGUUACUAUGUUAUGAUUACAUUCAAAUUAAAUGUAAACUGGAAUAGUCCCUCCAAGCAUUCACCAAAGAUUUCUGGUGCUGAGAUUUAUAUAACUUCUAUCAUGUAAUUAUAGUUGUAAAUGCUAAAUUUUGUAGAGACCUCUUUGUGGUAGUAAAAUUUGUUUCACAAUUCUUGCAUGUCACAUGUAUUCAAAGCAAUUUUUCUGGAUAGGUACUUGCUGUAAUUAAAAUAUGUAUUUAGAGGUACAAACUAACAAUAGAAGAAGUAAUGCCAUGGAACAAGCUUGUGUUUUUACUUUUGAAUAAACUGACCUUUUAUCGA